AUGGCUCCAGAACCAGUCAUCCAUGAAAUUUUUGAGCCGGUGACGGGUACAUGGCAGUACAUCGUUGCUGAUCCCUCCACCAAGGCAGCUGUCAUCAUCGAUUCCGUUCUGGACUUCGACCCGGCCAAAAGCGCAAUCUCCACAAAGACCGCCGAUGACCUGCUUGAAGUCAUUCGCGAAAAGGGCUACAAGGUCGGCAUGAUUCUCGAGACGCAUGUCCACGCCGACCACCUGACGGCGGCCAAGUAUCUGCAGUCCCGGCUGCGGGAGGCGCAAGACGGCGCAGCGCCCGAGAUCUGCAUUGGCUGGCGCAUCGGAGAAGUGCAAGAGAGAUUCGCAAACAAGUACGGCAUCGCUGAGGAGGAGUAUGCCCACGCCUUUGACCGGCUAUUCGACCAAGACGAGGUCUUCAGUAUCGGCGGAUUAAAGGCAAAGGCCAUCCAUUUGCCAGGUCAUACUCCCGACCACAUGGGGUACAUGGUCGGAGCCAACGUCUUCGCGGGCGACUCGCUCUUCAACCACGACGUGGGGUCCGCCCGCUGCGAUUUCCCCGGCGGCAAUGCUAGAGACCUCUUUGCUUCGGUGCGGAAGCUGCUUGACUUGCCUGAAGAUACCAAAGUAUGGACAGGCCAUGAUUACCCACCAGAGGGCCGGGGUCCCGUAGCGGCGACCGCAGUUGGCAAGCAAAAGACCGACAACAAGCAUCUCGGCAACGGAGUCAAGGAGGAGGAAUUCGUCAAGUGGCGCGAAGGGAGGGACUCGGGGCUCGGCGAGCCCAGACUGAUGCACUGGGCUCUACAGAUCAACAUCAGGGCUGGCGACAUGCCCAAACCAACCAAGAGCGGCGACCGGUUGCUGCAUGUGCCCGUCAAGAUGCAGGGCGUGAGUUGGUGA